ACGCUUCUACGUGAGCGCUGCACGCUGCCAGUGACCAAAACCUGCCAGUGAGGAAAGUCAGCGUGCCACCUAGGAAGUCAGCAGACCCAACCCCCACCCCUGAACACAUGUUCAGCAUCCUCUGGGCAGCACGGAGACACAGCUGAGAGUCACAGAGAGAGGGAGGGAGAGAGCAGUGAAGGGGAAACAUGGGUGAGCGUCAGAGAAAGACAGAAAUAGAGCGAUAAAGCAGUGAAUUGGGCAGAGAGAGAGAGGAAGAGGAAGAGGAAGAGGAGGAGGAGGCGGAGGAGGAGGAGGAAUAGAGCCAGUGUUUCACCGAGGCGAGGCGGCGAUGCUUCGUGCAGACGAGGUCGUGUUCUCGUAGAAGAAAGCUGGCGUCGUGUGUGGAUGUGAGAAGCUCGUGGAUUUGCUCCCAUCGGAGUCUCUGUGGAAUUCAUUGCGUCCGGAUCCUGAGCAGCUGCAGACAGAGGAUGCGACUGCGGCUGGAUGCUUGGAUCCAUGCGGGCCUGUGACGUCUGCGCCCCCCCUCUGUCUUCCUCCCCCUGUGAGAAUGGCUCCGGCAGCACUGACCCAGAUCUUGGUUGCUCUGUGAACGUGAAUAUGCUCUUCUCCUGCCUCUGCCCACAUCUGUCUCCGUGGAUACGCACAGCCACUGGCACGCGACGCUGCAGAGACUGAUCCAUAAUAAUAAUCCCCAGCUGGAGAGCAAACAACAUCUGGGCGUGGAGAGAAGGGAGAGGGACAAGUCUCAGCAGGGUUGGCAGCAGAUGGUGACACUGCAGCAGCACUUCUCCAGCAUGGAGGAGACGGUGCGAACACUUCUUCAGAACCAGGACUCACUGGAGGGCCCCAAGGUGGACCCACUGGACCUUAUGAAAGCAUACAAGGACAAACUCCUGGAGGAAAUGUGGAAGCAGCAGGACAGUUUAGAGGGUCCUACAGCCACAGCAGCAGAAAUGCCCACCUCGCCUGAGGCCAGCGGAGGAUCUGAGGAAAAUUCAAAGGACAGCAAUCCCCUGCUAGAGCGACUCAGAGCCCUUGAGGCGGAGAACUCGGCUCUGUCGAUUGAAAAUGACAAUCAGAGGAAGCAGUAUGAACGCUGUCUGGAUGAGGUGGCUAACCAGGUGGUUCAGGCCCUCCUCACACAGAAGGACUUGAAAGAAGAAUGUGUGAAGCUGCGGACCCGUGUGUUUGACCUGGAGCAGCAGAACCGCAUACUGAGUGUGCUGUUUCAACAACGUGUCAAAAUGUCCACGGUUCCUGUCUCCCAGGAGGUCCAAAGAAAUGGAAAAGCUGGUAUUCCUGCAGGAAGGUGGCCUAGCCUGCUGAGCCUCACAUGCCCACGCAGCAGCGGUAGUGGCAGUGGAAGUGAAUUGUCAUUAUCCAGUGCUUGUAGUGAGCACUCCAGUGGCUCCCACACUUGGGCAGAAGGACGCGGCUUCUCAAAGCAGUGUGCCACAAGCCGGGACAAAAGGAUGAGUACAGGUUCAGUAUCCAGCAAUCAUUCAGCACCCUUGGAGCCGACAGAGCUGGGAUGGAAGGAAGGCCACAUUCUGAAAGGCCUAAAGCGUCUCCAAAUGUCCAGCUCCAAAGAGGCUUCCUCAAAUGCAUCUGUACCACACUGCAAAGACUGUAUGACCUCUAAUGAAGGCAUAUACUCACUUGGUGUAAAGUGUGGCCUGCAAGGGGCUACAGCUAAACAAGUAGCUCCUUCGAGUAAAUCUUUCAAGGCUGAAGAAAGGAUUGCUGUUCCUGACUCUGACGAUGCAGAUGAUGAAUCAUCUAAAUUACAAAGUAGGGACUCCAGUGAGCAACCAACACAGGAACUUCUGUGCUUAGAGAAACCGGAUGUCACAAGAGAUGAUGAUGGCAAUUUGCUAGAAGACUCAGCAAAACUUAAUGGAAAUUCUGGUCAUUUUCCCUCACCAGUGACAGACAACUUCUCAUUUUUGGGGGGGCCCACAAUAAAACCUGGUUUAAGCCCAACAGAUAGCCUAAGAGAUGACAAGAAUAAAGAUUCACUAGAAAAACGCAAAGCAUCAGACAUGAAAUCCAGUGACAGAAACAAUAACCAAGAAAAGUCUACUGACCGUAAAUCCAGACUUGAUCACGUCAAAAGACAACAGGGCAGACCUGCUAUCAAGCAAAUGGAAGGAGGAACAAGUGAUGUGAGCUCAUCUAUACCACAUACUGCAACCAGAGCUCUUAGCUGUGUGAAUGACGCCAGACAGCGCAGCUCCUCAGUGGAGGUUGAUCAUUGCAGAGACAAGGCAAGUCAAGUAGGCAGUGAGACCCAGGAUAUCUCAAUCUCAGAAUCUCCACAAAGGAAACUGAAACCUCAGCCAUGGGAUUCAGCAAGAAAGGCUUUUAUUCUGAGGAGCAAGAGUGCGGAUGGAGGACCAGAGCAAGCUAAGCACACACAUUCACCCCUCCACCAAAAACUUAUAAAGGGUCACAGGUCCAAAGGACAGCCAAAUCCUGGUGGGCAUAGUGUUCCUGGUAAAAGAACAAAUCUCAGUAAAACACAAGGAUCAAGCAAAGGUGCAUUAUCUAAAGUUGAGAACAAUGAGGAUAUUGUCGUAUCAACAAGUUCCAAGUCGCUUGAAAGUGUACAGCAGUUCUCUCCCCUUGCUUCCCCUGUGAAAUAUUCAAAGACAUUUAAGCCUCCAGGAAUCAAUGAAAUCUCUGAAAACCCAACAAAAUUGUCCUUGCAAGCCACAAGAACUCAAUCAAGCAACAACUGUGUGGAAGAGAACAUAUAUGAUAACUUACCCUGCUCCCCACGAAAACAACGACGCCAAGACCAGCACUGUGAUGUUUCCCUUUCAGAAUAUAGGUCCCAACCCCCUCCUUUACCCCCAGGUCGAACCACCUCUCUUCUUCUUAGACCCACUUGCGACUCUUUACCCGAAGCUCAUAAAUCUGUAGGUCAGUGCUCUACUACUGGGAAGACGACGUCAAGCAACACCAAGCCAAAAUCAUAUCAGCUUUGUUCUGCUUCACAGCCUCAACAAUCCAGUACAACAAAAGACAAUCAACAAACAGCCCCACAAAUUGGUGCUGAAGGUAUCCCUGCUAAGCUCUACCAUACCCAUUCAUCCAAGACAACACCUGUCCCAGUUGAAGAAUCUCAAACUUCAGAGUCAAGACAGUUUUCAAUGGACAGAGCUGCCCCACGCUAUGAUGAAAAUAGUGCACCCUCAAUCAUGCCAAAUCAGAGCAUCUUACAAAGAUCCCAACAGAGCAUUAGUGAGCCAAAACUUUCAGAAGUCUUGCCUCAGGUAUAUUCUAAUGUUUACUACCAUGGGAUUUCCAAUAAUUCUCACAGUUCCACUUCAAGAGCUGUUAAAAUGGCUCUCCCUGUAAAUGCUAAAUCUAAUGAGGCAAUCGCAGGACAGGAGACCAGUACCUUCCUCAUAUUCGGAAGACAGAACAAAGAUGAUACAAACUCGAUUACAAAAAGUGUCCAGACAUUUCAGACUUUUAUGUGUGAUCCCCAGAUGAAACAUGACUGUGGUGCUCAUGACAGAGCCCGCAGAAAGAUUGAAACCCGCUGUAACUCACUGGACUCGGAGCCCUGCGCUCAACCUGUUGCCUCAGACAGUGGUGUGAUGUUAGACUGGGGUUUUGAUGAAGAAGGGUGGCUCUUUAAACGGUCAGUGUCAGUGUCAACCAGACCUCUCCUUAAGCCAGUAAUGGGCAUGAAUGGGGCCAAGGCCCGUAGCCAGAGUUUUGGUGCACGCUACAUGGAUAGGCCAAGCUUCAACAGAUCUGGAAAGGUCCGGACACAGAUCAAAACACACUCAGGGAGCUCCUUAAAUUCUCUUGGUGAUGUCCUUCCAGGAAGUAUGAGUUGCUCUAACAGCUACCAUUGUCCAAUGAAUCGAUCCCUUUUGAACAACUUCUUGAUUGAAGAGGGUUUGACGGUUCCCUCAUAUUUGGGGUCCUCCAGUGAAAGACUCCAAAGCCUUAAACUCCAGCGAGAGCAGGCAAGGCGCAUUCAGAUUGAGCAACAGUUUUCAAGUGCUUUUGGUGAGCCAGUCUCUGAGGAACCAGAAAGACAAAGUUCAAUAACCACAAUCGAAGAGAAGGUGAUGCUCGGCAUAGAGGAGAACUUGCACAAGUGUCAAGAACAGGAGCGAACCAUAGAAGUGAAACAAAAAUCUGGUUCAACUCUGGCAAAUUGGUUUGGUUUUCGUAAAAGUAAGCUUCCUGCACCAAGCAGCAAAAAGACUGAUCCACCAAAAGUAAAAGAAGACAAGAGGGAGCAAAAGAUUACAUCACUUCUCGGAGGAAAGCAGGCAAAGUCCGACAAAAAGAGAGACCGAAGAAAAAGUGAUGGGAAAGACAGCUCCGUGGGUAGAAGAGAGUCUCACGAUGCAGUGAGAGCAUGCAUAUCGAUGCCCUGCCCAGGAAUGUCCCUGAAUGAGAUACAAGGACAUGCUGACAUCACUGGGGACCCAAAGAUUAUGAGCGGGAGAGCUGAUAGUGAAAAUGGAUCUACUGUGAAGACCCCCAACCAGGCUGCAGUAAUAGGCUCCGGCUGCAAGAUGCGAACGUUGGACAGUGGGAUUGGGACCAUCCCUCUUCCUGAAUCCUGUUCCUUCUUCUCCUCCAUCCUGCACCUCCUCCCCAAAUCCUCAUCAACCCCAGAACAGUCCCUCAGUCCCCCUAGUGCCCCCGGUUCCUCCAGCGAGGACAUGUCUCCCUCCCCAUUACCCCGGUGGAGAAUACCCUCCAGCUUUAAGGACAGCAGCCAUGCAGGGGUGCUAAACUCCCUGUCUGACUCCUCCAUGACCCGUAUCCAGUCAGUGCCUUUCCCCACUGUGGCCUUCCUGCAGCCCAUCCAACCCCAGUGUGAACCUAUUGUGACCUCUACCAGUGUGUGUGAUCCCCAGAGCAGGCUCCCCAGACCACCGCAAGGUGGAAUGGAACCAAAGAAGUUAACCUAUAUCAAAUCGAACCCACGAGCCACCCCGAGCCAACAGACAGAGCAGACGAGACUUCAGCUUGCCAACUAGUUCCUGAGGCUGAAGGAGUCAAACUAGAAAUGGGGAGUCGAAUUAUCACUUGGAUUUAUCACUUUAACUCACAUGGAGGAUCCUUAAAUCCCACAGUCUGGACACUGUGUCUGUGUAUGAGGAUGAAACGCUCACAACUUGGCACUGCAGGCUUCCACAUGUGCUUGGUGUUGAGUUGAGAUCCUCAGCAGCUUUUUUGGCUGAUUCAGCUUCUAAACGAUCAGCUCUACUGAAUCACUAGUUACAUUGACAUGGUUCAUUUUCUUUUCCUCUGACAACAUGCAAUUUUACACACAUGAUACAAUCACAUUUUAACUGCAAUGCUAGGUUAGUUUCUAUGUCUCUAUCAUAGCUGCCUGAUGUAUCAAUACCAACUUAUAAAUACAUCUGAGUUGCACAUAAGCUGAUGUAAGUGGCUGUGCACGUUAACUGACCUACAAGAAGUGAAGCUGUACAUGUGCAGGUCUGAUCAGAAAAUCAACUUUGCAUAACCCUGACUUACUAAAUGCAUCUACUGCAGCACACAACUGUCAUUGUUAAAAACGUAUAUUCUCAUGUUAAAACGUGUUCUCAUACUGUGUGACAGUGUGCAACUGGCACAGCAAUGCUGUUGCAACCCUGUCACCUACAAAUUACAUAUUUAUAACUUACUUUGUCUGGCUAAUUUGGAGAAAUUAUAAUAGUGCUUGAAUUGUGUAUUUGUUUUUACCAAAUGUUUCCCAACAGUGUAAAGUCCAAUGAAGACUUUUUUAACAAGAAACUUAAUUAACCAAUUACAGACAACAUGGAUUUGAAGCUUUGUCCUUGGAAACUGUGGGACUGUCAUUACUAGACUGUCCAUUUAUCUGUAUUAGACACACACACACACACACACACACACACAUCCCUGAAGCUGGGUUUCAGCAAACUCUUUCAUUAUUUAGUAAACUGGUGGUCAAAGCUGCGUCUAUUGAGUUUGGCCUCAGGAGGCCAGUAACUCUACAAAAAGACACACAUGUUGCCCCGACAUACUAUAUGGCCUUAUAAAGCUGUGUCAGCAAACAAUUCUCCACCUUCAUAUCCAGCAGUCACAGAGGAACAGUAGCUUCUCAUUGAUAUGUGUCAUUGAUUCUGACACAGUCCAAUGUUCUCUCUGUUUUGGUCUCCAGAUGUUAAGAAACAGUGUCAGCUCUUUGACCUGCUGGAUGGACGACUGCAUCAACCAGCUGCUUGUAACUUUGUCCUUUGGUACAAGCAGUUGGGUUUUUGUUAAUUUGCUGUUUGGACAACUAGUCAGAAGAUGCUCAACCACUGUUUAAAAGUGGUUGUUACAUCACAGUGUCACUUGACUACAUUUGAUUACUAAAAACCUUUGUUUAAUGCAGGUUUACAUAAUAGUUUACAAGCACAGGCAGUUUGCUACCAGACCUCUCUAAUGGCGCCGGCUGUGGAGACUAGUGACUCCACUAAAACCCUGCAGGUUAUGUAGCUCAUUCAUUUACAGUUUUCAGCCACAUGUGAAGUUCUACACUAGAAUAAGCAUGUCACUGAUAUGUUUUGGAGCAAAGCAGCAGAUGGAAACUUUUAAUGUCAAGAUUACAAACUAUGCUUUCCUGAAAAUAUCCGGAGCUAUCUUAUGUACAGCACUUACUACUGAUUUCCAUUCAGGAGUUCUACACCUGGCUGCGUAUUGUGACUCCUUUAAGUCUGCACUAACUUGUUGGAAGCUUUUUUUAUUGUUACAUUGUUAAUAUCAACUUGCAUGCAACCACCCUCUGGAUUACUCAAACCUUCAAAUGCAUCAUAUGAAUCUGAUGCCCAUCAUCAUAUCCAUCAGAGUUUCUUCACAAGAGGUGGAAAAAACUGACGUGUUAAAUGUGAUGUGCACUGUUAAAUAUUUAUGUAAUAAGACACAGUAUCAUCUGUUGUGAGACUGGCUUUCACACCUGCACCUUGAUAUUUUGAAAACAUCUCCUCUUAAAAUGAAACUCUUCCUAUGUGCACUGCAUUCAGCUUUUUUUCCUCACAUUUUUCCACAGUUAUGACAUCAAGACCGACCAGUUCGUUUUGCAUGUAACCUUAGCUUUAAAGCACCUAGUAGGCACAUAGUGGACGCUGUUGUGCUCGCUCAGGGAAAAAACAAACAACGAGUGUCUAUGAUAGAUGCUGUGGAUUAACACAUACAACCAUUUCACUGCAACCAUCAGAUUUCACUGUAAUGGUUGAAGAUAUUUACCUGUCCUCUUGUCUGUUUUUGUCUGUACACUGACCUGUUACAUAUCGCACCUUGGUCGCUCAGUUUUCUCUCUCUUAUGUAUGCUGUGCCCUCUAUAGUAAUGUUUUCGGUGUCAUGAAUGCAUCUCAACAUAUUUGACAGUCAUAGCUACUUUACGAUGUUUCCCCCUCACACCUUUGUCAGCUCCCAACCUUUCAUGUGUAGAUAUUUGUGAAAAUGCAUAUUGCCAAACACUGCUCUGAGCUAAUCACGUAUACAGAAAAUGAAUGCAACUAAAUCUACAUAUCAGACUUAUCAUGGUGAUUAUAGCCAUAUUCUUCAACACACUAGAGACAGUUUACAUGUGAUGUAGAACUAUAAAGCACUGUAACAUUGCACAAUGCCAUUAGUCAUGUCAUCUUACUGUAUUUACCUCUUCUUUAAACUGCUUCAUGUAUAUGUGAGGUAAUAUUUGUAAAAUAGCAGUAGUGUUGAUGCCAAUAGAAGCACACAGGCCUAUUAAAUGAAAUAUGUAGCGUGCACAGGUGAUACAAGGUUUAAUGGAUCAGGGAACAGAUUGGCUGCACCGAUACGGGUAGAUGGAGCAUGAUGUCUGUGUUUUCAAAGUGGCUCAUAUAAUGAAGAGCAUUACUCUCAAAAGAGUAUUGUAUUUUUCUACAUGUACUCUAAUGCCCUGUAUUUGUACUCAGCACUGAAGAGUGUAAUUUAACCAUUUAGUGCACAUGAUGUUACUCACUCUAACAGUAAUCCUCCCUCUAAAUGUUUUUUUCAGUACCCUAUAUGAUGUUCCUGUGUGACGGUCACCUUAGCAGUAUGAAUUGAGAACUGUAUAUUACUGAUAUUCUUUGUUUUAUGUCAAAAAAGAAAGAAAAAUAAACCAUUUCAAUACUUACAAUA